UAAACAGUUGCUUAAUCAAUCGCCGACCAAGCUCAAUUUGAAAUAGAAAGAGCCAUAAAUUUGGGAGUGAGAAAGAAGAAGGAAGUGCAUUUUACCUGAAUAAUGGCUAGUGCAGGAGGCUAUGGAGAUGCAAACCAAAAGGUAGAUUACGUGUUCAAGGUGGUGCUUAUAGGCGAUUCAGCGGUGGGGAAGUCGCAGAUACUUGCGCGAUUCGCGAGAAAUGAGUUCAGCUUGGAUUCGAAGGCCACAAUCGGUGUCGAGUUCCAAACCCGCACUUUGGUGAUUCAGCACAAGAGCGUCAAGGCUCAGAUCUGGGACACCGCUGGACAAGAACGAUAUAGAGCAGUCACAAGUGCAUACUACAGGGGUGCUGUCGGGGCAAUGCUGGUUUAUGACAUCACAAAACGUCAAAGCUUCGAUCACAUACCUCGCUGGUUAGAAGAACUGCGGAACCAUGCCGAUAAGAAUAUAGUCAUUAUUCUUAUAGGAAACAAAAGUGAUCUGGAGAACCAGCGUCAAGUACCCACAGACGAUGCAAAAGAAUUUGCCGAGAAAGAAGGCUUAUUUUUCUUGGAGACUUCAGCGCUGGAAUCGACUAACGUUGAAACAGCCUUCAUGACGGUUUUGACAGAAAUAUUCAACAUUGUUAACAAGAAGAACCUAGCGGCUGGUGAUAGUCAGGGAAAUGGGAACUCAGCAUCUCUGUCUGGCAAGAAGAUUAUUGUUCCUGGUCCUGCUCAAGAAAUCCCCAAGGGGAACAUGUGUUGUCAGUAAUCCUUACUUUAUUUAUAAUUUGUUUAAAUUUUCUAGAUUUCAUGGUUGUGUUCCUAUCACCAAUUUUUAUUAGUUUGGUGCAUUUCCUUUUGUAUAUUUUUACAUUAUUUAAAAUUUAUUUUGCAUGAGUUGCUCAUUAAGAUCAGGAGAGGGAAGUAAUUAAAAUUUUCGUGGUAUAACAUAGGAGACAAAACUUAA